UGAGUUCAUAGACUGUGUAAUAGAGAGUGAGAGGGAUUGCUUUGAUUAUAAUCAAAUGAAUCCAGCAUCACGAAGCCCAGAUUCCAAGGGCAGAUCUUGGAAAUGGAAUAUCAAAUUGUGGGUGGUCAUAUUGCUGUUGUGUAAAUCCCUUUAAAAAAGAAAUGGUCUAAUAAAAUGGGUUUGCAUAUCCUUCCUUUUCCUGCUUUACAGGUCUAACCAGGGAGGCAAAUUGAGUUGAGGAGAGGCCAAUCUGCAAUCUCCCUUUGGACCCAUGGAGACUUGGUCUCUUAGGUGGCUACAUCAUCAUGACUAUGAAUUGACAGCGACUUUCUUGAUUGCUUGCUUGCUUUUUUUUAUUUGCACAAUUUGCUCCUUACCAGUUGCAGUCUACCUGAGCUACCCCUUUUCAGGCAAGCCACUCCUGAAAAUACAAUAUUCCGAAGACUCUGAUAGAGAUAUCAGAUGUGCUUCCUUUUUAUCUUCUUCAACUCUUGUUUCUUAUUUAGUGACGGAGACAAACUAGCAGGAAUCUAGUGCUUUUGUUUCCCAUAAACAGUCAUGGACUGAGAACAAGGAAAGAAAGAAAAAAAGAAAGGAUGGUGGGGAAGGGAAAGUAGUGGAAACGGAGGAUUACUUGAGUCAGUCUUCUCACUGAAAACCACUACCAGGGAGUAGUUAUGAUAGUUUUCUUCUAUUCUGUUACAGUAUAUUAAUUAUUUUUUUAACUGAUUUUGUAAUCUUCAUACACGUGUAGAAAUCACACAUGCUUUUGGCAUUAUCUGGCCAAUUUUUUAUGGAUAACUUCCAAAUCAUAAAUGCAGUACUGGUUUUUCUGAAGUUGGGUGAAGCUGGUGGUCCUUGAGGCCUCCAUUGAAACACAACACUGCUGUCUUUAAGGCUGCAAUUUCAUUUCACUUAAAGUUUGUGUGAUCUCUGGUUUUGAGUUGAAGAAGCUGUUGCCCUUUGUUUCUGACCUUCUGAAGAGAAGGAAGUUCCUUAGUAAUGGAUGAAAAAGGGGUCUCUAGUUCGCAUUUAACUGUCUCAGAAGAGAAGAGUGAUAGCUUCUAUCCAAUGUAUUUUGGUGUUUCUUGUGCUUUCUUUGCUCUCAAAGUCUUAUCAAGACCUGAUCGGGAAGAAGAAAGAUGGUCUGAAUUAUGUGAUAAAAUGCUUCAAGGAAGUGCCCAACUCUUGGGAUUGCUUGUGUGGAGAAUCCAGAGAGAAGGAGAAAAUAGUGAAGGAUAUAAGCUGCUUCAUGAGCUAGGGGCUGCAAAGAAAGAGAUCAAAAAGCUAAACCAAAUGAGACGUGAUGAUGCAAAGGCGAAUGAGAAAGUUGUUAGCAUCUUUGCAUCACAGGAGCAGGGAUGGUUGAUUGAGAGGAAAAAGCUCAGGCAGCACGCUGGAACUCUUAUGAAUGAAUUGAGGGUUCUUCAAAAAAGUGAAGAAGAAGCUAUUUCUGAAAUAAAUGAUAAAUUGAAGGAGAUGGAGCUUCUGGUGCAGGAGAAGGAUAAGGCAUUAGAGGAAAAGGAACAUAAGAGGAAGGAGUUAGAAGAAAAGUUUACAAAGGCUGAAAAUAGUGCAGAAGAGUUGAGAGAAACUGCAAAACGAGAAGCUCAAGAGUACUCUACUGAUCUUUGGAAGCAUAAGACUGCUUUUCUUGAGCUGGCGUCUAACCAGCAGCAGCUUGAAGCAGAGCUGGGUAGAGCACUUAGGCAACUUGAAUCUAAAAGGCAAGAGAUUGAUUUGGUCUUGGAACAAAAAGAGGAGUCAGUCCUGUUGACCCAAAAACUUUCCAUGGAAGUUGUAAAGAUGCGCAAAGAUUUAGAGCAGAAAGAUAAGAUCUUGUCUGCAAUGCUCAGGAAAUCCAAAGUGUAUACAGUUGAGAAGCAAAUGCUCCUAAAGGAGGCUGAACUAUCAAAGGCUAAGAGGAAGCAAGCUGAACUAGAAACAGAAAGGUGGAGAGCAGUUUCUGAGUCUAAAUAUAAGAGACAUUCAUUGAGAAGUAUGUUCGCUCGCCAAGCCAAUUCAAGGUCAGAUGAUCCUUCAAUUGCCAGAGGGACCUCACAAAUUGGGAAAGGGAGAUCACAGCCUGGUGAUUAUGUUCUAGAGUAUGAGAAUCCCGAGUUCCGAAAGGAUGCAGAAGUUUUUACUCCCUUUUCUGAAAGCUACUCACCAGAAAUAAAUGAUGAACUUGCAUUUGCAACUGACCUCAAGCAUUUGGAAGGGUGGGUUCGCUCAGAAGCAGAAAAGUAUGCAACCACAAUUGAGAAGAGGCAUCAUUUAGAAAUAGAUGCUUUUGCAGAACAGAUGAGGCUCAAAGAUGAGAAAUUAGAAGCUUUUCGUUGGCAAAUGCUAAGCAUGAAAAUAGAAUCAAAGCGAUUGCGGUCUUACGCUGCAGGACUGAGCCAGGAGUUGUCACAGCUCAGGCAUGAGAAUAUGAAAUUGGAAGCAUUGUCAUUGGAAAGGCAAGAAGAAUUAAAAGCUUUGAAAGAGCAAUUCAUAGUGCAAGUAACACCUCAUAUUAGCCGGAAGACAGACAAAGAUUCAUCUCUACCUGGUCCAACAUCAGCCCAUGGUGCCUCCAAUGUUAAGAUUGUAAAGAGAGAACCUGAAGAAAGGGAUCAAGAAACAAAAGCAGAUUUAAUGGAAAUGUCUCCAGCGCCAGAUGCAGAGAAAGAAGGAGGAGAAGGAGCCUUUAAUAAACAGUCCACUAAUGUUAUUUUCAUUGUUCAGUCUCCUGAAAAGGAGUUUGAAGAAAAGAAGAAUGUAUCUAAUGAGGCUCCGUUGAAGGACAAAAGUGCAAGUCUAGUGGAGAUUGAUUCUGUUCAAAAGUCAACUUGGCCUAGCCAGCCAUUGAUAAAGACAACUAAUUCUGCAUGUAGGAUGGAUCUUCAAGCUCUGGGAGUUUCUUACAAAAUCAAGAGGCUGAAGCAGCAACUCAUAAUGCUUGAGAGACUGACAGGAAAGCUAGAAAUUGGGGAACAUACAGAAAACAAUGAUAGCAUGCAGUAUGAGAUAAAGGGCUUCCAAUUACUGAUUUCUUUGCUUAAUAAACAAAUCAGCAGGUACCAUUCUCUUCAAGGCAAGACUGAUGAACUUUGCAAGAGAAUGCAUGAUAAUGAUGCAGACAAAAGUGAACAUUCCGGUUCAUUAAGAACAAAAGCGGGUACUAAAACAUUAGAGCAUUUUCUUGAAGAAACAUUUCAGCUUCAAAGAUAUAUUGUUGCAACAGGACAGAAAUUGAUGGAAGUUCAGUCCCAGAUUGCUUCUGGAUUUGCUGGGUCCCCUGAAGAUGUUGACAAGUCUGUCAGCUUUGACAUGAAGCGCUUUACUGAUAACAUAAGAACUCUUUUUCAAGAAGUUCAGAGAGGACUCGAAGUUCGAAUUGCUCGAAUUAUCGGGGAUCUGGAGGGAACACUGGCUUGUGAGGGUAUGAUACGAAUGAGGAGAUAGAAAUAUAGGAAGAACAACACGAAGACAAGGAUCAACAAGGGCGUCACGGUGUGAUUUACAAGUGUUUAUGCUUAUGUAUGCACAAAAUUUGUACAGGAAAAUACGCACAAGUUCUAUUGCAAUAGCUCAUUGCCAAGAAAUUUUCUCUUGUUUGCAAGUUUCAUGAAAUUGAUCCAUUAAUAAAUCCAAA